AUGGAUCAAGUUUGGCUUGUAUUACUACUUCAGCUACCAUUCCUGAAGCCGAUUUCCAUCCGGAGGAAAUGUCCGUCAUGUAUCCGUUACAGACAAUUUGAGCAGAAGACGAUUGAACAAUGUCCGUGCGUGAAACCGCCUGGUAGUAAUGAAUGCUUAUCAUAUGAUAAUCGCCUGCAAGCUGCUAAUAUUGACGAAGCCUUGCACACAUUUCCGGAUCUAUCCAGCAUGGCAGAAAAUGCACUACCGCUAGUACCGGACGAGAGUAAUAUCAUGAUGAAAUCCUUUUCGGAAUUUUCGCUUUCACAAAAAACGACCUAUAAAACUCCGAAGAUGUAUAAAUGCGAUGGAAAAGAAUGUCAAUCGUGCAAACUUCUAAUCAUUAAUGCAUUCCUCCGAGCAAGUGAUAAUGAUUUCCCGACAGAUAGCAGUACUGUUACUGAACUGCCUAGUGAUACCGAUGAAUCAUUGUUGUUGGGUGUACCAAUAACGAUCAACUGUAAUUAUAAAAAGGGUGAGGAAAUUGUACAAGGUUGGACCGGAUUGUGUAAUCUAUGUUGGCAAUGGAGAAAACUACCAGCUGAUUAUUUUCCGGUUUUGCUCAAUGAAGUUUCUUGUGAUACUAGUGAUGAGGGAUGUCUCUCAGGUUUUGGUAACUGUCGCCCGGUAAUGCGUAACAUAAAUGUUCUCCGCAAUGCGGGAACACAUAAAUCUCCCCGAUGGGUACAGGAGUCAAUCAAUACAAUAUCAGCUUGUGAAUGUCAAGUGGAGAUCGGAACUCCAUUACAUUCACUUGUUUUACGUUAA